AUGGCGUUUUUGAAUCCUUCCAAUCGCCUUGUUUACUGCCUGUUGUGCUGCAAGCCCCAGACUAAAAUUGCUCAACAUCUGAAAACAUCAUGCUUGAAAGAUGCAGAUGAUCAGUUCAUUGAGGAAGAAGUCUUGAGGGCCAAACAGUCACAGAGGAAUUGGGCAAGAGAGGCAAGGACACUGAAUAUUUCAGAGGUGAGGGAAAUUGUCAAGGAGGACCCAUCCUGUGAUUCCCUGGCAGUGUAUUUCAAGGAAAAAGGCUUUUUCAUCACAGAAAGCAACACCAUCAAGGAAACAGACGUACUUGCUCUGGCCAAUGUGGAAAUGGCCAACGUACAGGACUGGAAUGACAGGACAUCAGAAGGAGACAAAGUCCUGAUAAAUCUCUCUGAGAAAAACAUCUUAAAACUCAGCAAAGAAGAAGAGAGCUGGUUCGACUGUUACUUCAGUCACAUUCGGCCAGGAUAUUUGAAGAACCAACCUCCAGAGGGUGACGACAGGGAUAGUUUUUUUUUGGGAGCAUCAGGACUCCCACUCACCAAUCCCACCGCAGACGGGGAACGCCUACGACUCAAAUACACAAAGAGGCAGCAGGAGGGAGCUGCAACGCCAGAAGAGCUGCCAGGAGGAAUGGUGGUGAAUCCCGCCAGCUCAUCUGCUGAUGAAGGGGUACUGCAGGUGCAGGAAAGUACAUUGCAGCCUGCUGCAUCAGCACAGGUCCCGUUUCCAAGGUUUUGGGGUGCUUUUGAGGACCUCUUCCCUGUGACGCUGCAUGGAACCCCCGACAAAGCAGCAGGCAGCAGAGGCAGGCUUUGA